UUUGCAAUACCUGCCCUGAUAGCAAGUCCGGGCCAAGUAAUUGUAUCGACACCUGCUUUAUUUACUGAUGUUAUACUCAAUUAAAAAAAAUGUUUGUAUGAAUUAGACGGGGUUGCCCCACGGGCAAAGAUGAACCAACAACGUGCACGUCGAUUCAGGGCUGCCAAGGAGGCUGAGAUGUUAGCCGAGGAAGAAAGGUUAAGGCAAAGAUUUGAAUCAGAAGUGAGAGAUCUAUUGGCACAUUCUAAUCAAUCAAAGGUGCUUGAUUCCAAUGUAAUUACUCCUGGGACAGAAUUCAUGGCAGCAUUGUCGGCAGGUCUCGAGUAUUACAUACAUCUCAGAUUGAAUUCAGAUCCUGGGUGGAGAAAGAUUAAGGUAAUUCUUUCCGAUGCCAACGUGCCUGGUGAAGGAGAGCACAAAAUCAUGUCAUACAUUCGCCUUCAAAGGAAUCUGCCUGGGUUUGAUCCAAAUACAAGGCAUUGCUUAUUUGGGCUGGUGACUACUUCUAAUCGACAUGCCAAAUGA